GUUUUGAUUCGGUUAAUUGAUACUUUAAUUAGUAGUUGUACUAAACUAGCAAUUAGCAAAGCCCGAAAGUCAAGGUCAACGUUGGGAAAGCCCAAAAAUUAACUGACGCCACCCCAAAGUCAUCAUCUGUCAGCUGUUCGCCGGUUUGUUCGAAAAGUACAACCGUGACUUCCAACGGAAUUUCGUCCCCCCGCGUGACGGCUUCGCUUACGUCACCAUUAACAAACGUGCGUUCUCGUUCAUACAUAAAUCAUGAUUCAACUCUUUUUAAUAUCCCUACAGCUCUGUCUCCCCUCUUUGCUUCCAGAUUCCAAAUCUCUCCCCUUUUCUUUUCUGCUUCUCAAACUGUCGACCUAGCUAGUACCUGCAGCUUGAGAGCAAAGGCUUAAUUAACUAAGGCUACCAACAGCCUGGAACUCCUUCAUCCAUGGGAACCUGCUUCUCUUUGAAUUCUCGAACGGCACUGUCUGAAUCUGCGGGGCCCCCAACUGCUCAAGUUGUUUCCCUCAACGGCGAUCUUCAUAAAUAUAACAUUCCUGUGUUGGUCUCUCACGUUCUCCAGGCCGAAGUUGCUGCGUCUUCCUCAUCGUCUUCCUCGUUGCCAUCCUCUGCCAUCUUCCUCUGCAAUUCUGACCGAUUGUAUUACGAUGAUUACAUUCCGGCCUUGGAUAUCGACCACCAGCUGCAAACGAAUCAAAUAUACUUCGUGCUUCCCAAUUCCAAGCUUCAGCAGCGCUUGACCUCCAAGGACAUGGCCGCUUUGGCCGUCAAAGCCAGCGUUGCCAUCCAAAAUGCCUCUAAAAACGAAUCCCAUUGCCGCAAAAAGGCCCGGAUUUCUCCUGUUUUGCUCGUAGCUCAAUCUCUUCCUGUUGUUGACAAAGAUGAUGCACCUACAGCACCCAAGUCCUUCGCCGAGCCUCAGCCUCGGUUUUCAAGAUCUGCUUCCAUUCGAAAUUUGCAUAGAUAUACCUCUAGACGAGCCAAAUUGGCCGUUCGUUCUUUUAGGCUUAGGUUGUCCACCAUUUACGAAGGCUCCGUUCUGUAAUCUCUGCCCGGAAUCACCUUCAUGAGCGCCAAAACUUUAAUCCAAGCACUGAUUUUUGUAACCUACUAGUAUUCAAACGUUUCCUGUAUAAAAUUAAAAAACUGUGAGUUCCAAUUUUCUAAAUUACUAUUAUUUUGAGGUUCAAUGCCACAUAAUUUUUCAGGCUCA